AAAAUGGAUAAGAUUUUGUUCUGGAGUUUCCUGUUGACUUUUUCUGGAAGUCAUGCUACAAGAACCUGGGCUCAAAAGAAUGCUGAAUUUGCAGUGGAUCUUUAUCAAGCUGUCAGUUUAUCUCAUAAGAACAACAUUAUAUUUUCCCCUCUUGGAACAACUGUGCUUCUUGGAAUGGUCGAACUGGGGUCAAAAGGAAGCACACAGCAGCAGAUAAGACGAUCUCUGAGGCUUCAGGAAACCUCGACAGGAGAGGAAUUUUCUGUGCUGAAGUCAUUUUUCUCUGCCAUCUCCAAGAAAAAAAAGGAAUUUACAUUUAAUGUUGCCAGUGCCCUCUACCUUCAAGAAGGAUUCUCUGUGAAGGAACUAUAUCUCCAUGACAACAAGGAGUUUUUCCAGAGUGCUAUGAAACGGGUGAAUUUUCAGGAUGCAAAGACUUGUGCUGAGACAAUAAAUACCUGGGUAGAAAGCAAAACAGAUGGAAAAAUUAAGAACAUGUUUUCAGAGGAAGAUUUUAGCCCCCUGAGUCGUCUGGCUCUGGUAAAUGCCAUUUAUUUCAAGGGGGAUUGGCAACAGAAAUUCAGAAAAGAGGACACAGGGAUGAUGGGCUUUACUAAGAAAGAUGGCUCAACAGUCAAAGUUCCCAUGAUGAAGGCUCUAUUGAGAACAAACUAUGGUUAUUUUUCUGACUCCACCAUGAAGUACAAGGUUUUGGAAUUGCCUUACAAUGGUGAUGAUUUUAGUUUGAUUAUCAUCCUUCCCACAGCAGAAGUGACCAUAGAAGAAGUGGAGAAACAAAUUACUGCUCAUCACCUCCAACAAUGGCUCUCUGAGCUGCGUGAAGAGGAAGUGGAAAUCAGCCUUCCUAGAUUUAAAAUAGAACAAAAAAUAGACUUCAAGGAAGCUUUGUUUUCGUUGAAUGUAACUGAGAUUUUUAGUGGUGGCUGUGACCUUUCUGGAAUAACAGACUCAGAUGAAGUGUAUAUUUCCCAAGUCAUGCAAAACGUUCUCUUUGAGAUUAAUGAAGAUGGCAGUGAAAUUGCAACAUCAACAGGUGUGAACAUCCCUGUGAUCAUGAGUUUGACUCAAACCCAAUUUAUAGCAGAUCAUCCUUUUCUGUUUAUUCUAAAGAACAACCCAACAGGUACUGUUCUUUGA